GCACCGAAUUCAUGAUGGUAGGAUUUUUCCCAUGGAUUCAUCUGUAGCCGCCGCGAAAUUGUGGCUCGUAGAUUCGGGUGCGACAUGUCAUGUUUGUUGCCACCAAGUUCCUUCAUUUGUUUACGGUUGUUCGGUCCCAUGAGGGAGAGCCCGCCCUUACAUCUGCGUGAGAACACCAGAUCGAGACCCGAGGAGUGGUUGACCUGAAAGUGCCGUUUAACGGCAGAUGGUGCAUAAUGUCCCGGGUCGUGGUGGCAGAUUUGACGUUCAAUGUGUUGAGUCCAUGUGCGUUGACGAAGACAGGAUGGCAAACCAUUCUCGGAAAGCCCAAGCAGAGUGUGAUUAGGAAGGGAUCCGUGAAGAUUCCUCUCAAAAUCUUGGACCGAGGAUGGUGGGCCGUGUCGGAUGUGAAGGUGAAAGAUGAUCCAGUUGCGAUGGAAGUUGAUGCUCUGAAGAGGGCAAACAGGUUGAGUGCAAAGGUUGAGAAGGAGAAGGCUUCGGGAGAAAGCCAGUUGAGACAUGUGGUUGAGAAAGCUUGUGAAGUUGAGCGGGACCUCGACGACAAGGAAUGCCCCUGCCACCGCGGAGUGGGGUCGGCGGAGACUCAGAAGAAGGAAACACAGCAGUGUCGCUCUGCUCUUCUCAUCCGCCCGGUCUCGGAAACGUCGGCGGUGAAGGAAACGAGGUCUGAGGUUCGAAAUAACAAGUAUGGACCCCUUUCGUAUCUCGUCCGAAGCGUUUGUAGCGCCAUGGAUGGUGAUCCCGGAGUGGUGGAAACCCAGAGUGAAGCCACGACGAUCGAUCGAGGUCAGGUGGAGAGUCCCUCUCAAACGUUGCACGGUCUAGGAAAAGGCAAACAGGUUGAUAAGAGCCAAGUGAAGCCGAAGAGUCAAGUGAAGCCAUUGGUUGUUGAGGAUCCGUUGGAGGACCCCUUGAGAGGCAAAGGAAACAAGGUUUCAGAUGAGGUUGCUGGACGUGAGGUGAGGCGAAAGGCUGAGAAAGGUAAAGGUGUUGGGACACCCUCGGAGGGUGUGGUAGGAUUUGAUGAAUGUUCCGGAUGUGUGCCCGUGCUGAGGCCAGGAAGUGCAGCAAGCCCAGAGUGCUUGAAAGUGCAUGAAACGGAGAUAGGUGGCAGUGUGAAAGGACAUGAGGUAGGCUUGCAGUUGAGGUCAGCCAGCAUGAGCCAAUUUAGGAAGGUAGGCCAAAGGUCCAAUCGCUUUGCCCCGCUGCAGGAAUCGGAAGAGUCAAGUGAAGCCGUUGGGGUUUCAAUUGAGGGAGUUUCUCAAAAGGACCCUUUUGAUGAGAGAGGUCAGGAGAAAGGUCAUGAGGCUGUAGGUGUGAGCAGGCAAGAGGUCAAAGGACAUGAGGUUGAGAGUGAGAGUCAAGCGAAAUGCGUGGAGCCGGGGAACCGAGAAGUGGCUGAGCAACCGACUGAAAAGGGUGAAAAGGGAGAUUCAGAGUCGCUUCGCGAAUCCGGCAUCCUUAAAGGCAGUCGCCUCAGCCGCCGAAGCUGUAAGAGAGAACAGAUGCUACCGGCGCGCGCAUCAGGUCAGCAUGGAUUUGUUCGGGCUGGACACCAAGAGCAACCUGAUCAGGGAGACCAAGAGCGCACAGGAGGUUCGGCUCAUCUUCCAGCUCACGGGAAGUGGGAAAAAGUGGUGGGCCGGCGCUGUUGGAAGGUAUAUACUCUCCGACGUCAAGCAUUGAGGCGAUGAGAUUCGUGCUGGCGUACGCUGCGGGAGUACAAGGAUGGGCACCUGAGCCUAGGACUAGACUCGGUGUACUUGGAGAACGUGGUGAAAUCGUUCAAGGAGAACCUGAAACCCAACAGCACGCCCCCCGACCUCGAGAGGUACUACACGAAAGAGAACCAGAAGUUCAAGGACAGCAAGUUGUCUCCAGAGGCACAUUCAAAGUACUGUAGAGUGCUAGGGCAAUUAGCAUGGGCAGCAAUAACCCGAUGCGAUUUGCAAUACUGUGUGAGUUUCUUGGCGCGGUACCAGUCAGAGAGUACGUCCGCUGCGGAAUCUACUAUGAGG